CAGUGAUACAGUUUAUGUUCAACUUUGAACCCGCCUCAGAAAACCACCAGCAGCUUCACUUCCACUUCACUGAACUUCUCUGUCUCUCUGCUUCUGUCCUGUCUGUCUGUCUGUCCGUCUGAAGAUCUCUGAAUCUCCGCAUCAUCCACGAUGUCUCUCCCGCAACAACUGCGCAAUGAAAGUGAUUUCGACCAGCUUCCAGACAACAUCCCGGUCACUGCAAAGAUUGCUGAUAUUGAGGAGAAGAAAGGCUUCAUUGUUUACUAUAUGUUUGUGAUUGAGGUGAAGACUAAAGGUGGCAGUAAGUACCUGAUCUACCGGCGAUAUCGGCAGUUCUUCGCUCUGCACCAGAGUCUGGAGCUGAAGUACUGCCCUGAAUCCCAGAAGGGACACUACACCUGCCAACUACCUACCCUGCCAGGAAAAGUGUUUAUGGGAAACAAAAAGGAGAUCGCAGAGAGCAGAAUCCCAGAGCUCAAUAAUUACAUGAAGAGGUUGCUGUGUCUGCCUACCUGGGUUCUCUUGGAUGAUCUGAUACGAAUGUUUUUCUAUCAAAUCGAGUCAGACAGCCAACUGGUCCCCCGGGCCCUGCGCCGCCUGCGGCCCCCCACACGCAGAGUGAAAACCAUAAAGCCCAAAACAGAACUUCUCUCCGCUCCAAGAGCAGAGGUGGUGUUUGACUUCAGUGGCAGCGGGCGCCUGGAGCUCAGUCUGAAGGCUGGAGACGUGAUCUUCCUCCUGCGCAGAGUCAACACAGACUGGCUGGAGGGCACAGUGAGGGACAGAACCGGCAUCUUUCCAGAGUCAUUCGUGAAGAUUAUAAAACCUCUUCCUGAGAGUGACUCUGAUGAAGAGGGCAGAGCUUCCAGGAAUGCUCAGGGUUCAUACAGCUGCCUGCGCUGCUAUCUACUGCAGCCAGAUGGAAUUGAUACAAGGGACAUUUGCAUUGAAGAAGAUAUCACAAUUCAGCCGUCUUAUGAGGAUCUGCUCUCCCGAAUGAGAGAUUUGUUUCAAGUGGAUAAUAUUGCUUUGAACUAUCGAGAUCCUGCAGGUGAUCUGAUACGGAUAUUAGACGAUGAAGACAUCGCUCUCAUGGUGCACGAGAGCAUAACAACAGGGUCAAAUGUCAAAAGACCCGUAAAUCAGUUUCCAUGGGAGCUGCUGGUCACGCAUGCCAAAGAUCUCACUGUCUACAACACAGAGUAUUAACAUAAGUGUGUUUGUCUAUGACCUCUUUUUAUGUCCCAUGUAAUUUCAGAAUCAUUAUACAGUGUUCAUAGUUUUACGUGCUUUUCAAUAUUAAAUGUAAUCAUUAUUUCACAGUGUGGUGCACAUUUGAUAAAUUUCAGUGCUAAUAAAUAAUGAUUUUACGUAUAAACAGUACAAUAUGUAUUUAAGUGUAUUCUCAGUAAUUUUGUCUUGU